CCAAAAUGGCUUCUCUUUACAAAUCUUUUUGAUUAAAUUUCGAAAAAGAUCAAAUUUUCCAUAAUGUUAAUUAGCUAAACACAGCUAAAAAUGGCCACAAAGAGACCAGCGCCGGCAGAAGAUGCUGGUAGUUCUGGGGCCUCUGCUUCUAAAAAGCAGUCGCUGUCAAGAUUAGAACCACUGAAACUUGGUUCAAUAUGCUCAUUGGAAGAGCUAGAUAUGAAAGUUUUACACUUUCAAAAUAAGAAACUAGGUGAAAGAAUAGAACAGAGAAAGAAGGCUGAAGGUGAAUUAAAGAAGAGAAUUGAACAGUUAGAGAACAGACAGAGAACAGAUGAUAAAGUUUUAAUGAUAGUCAAUAGAUAUUGGAAUCAGCUUGAUGAAGAUGUACGAGUUUUGUUACAAAGAUUAGAUGCUGAAACAGCUGAUGAAGAUGAAACUAAGAAUGAAAGCAGUGAAACUUCAUCAUUUCUAACUCUACUAUCAACAUGGGAUAAACAAGAACUAGAAGAUAAGUUAAGCCAGAGAGUCGAGUUUUCUAAACGAGCUAUCAGUAAAUUAUUACAAGCUGUAGAUCACUUGUUACAAAGGAAUGACAAGCUACAUUCUGGUAUUGUUGAUAAAGUAGAGAAAGAUAGACAAGAGUUAUUAAGUAAUACAAUUAAAGCUGCCACGUCUGGAGAAGAGGAGAAAAAAGAGGAGGAAGAAAAGAAAGAUGAAGAAAAGAAGGAUGAAGAAAAAGAUGAGAAAACAGAAGAAAAAGAUGAAGAGGAAGAGAGACGGAAAGAAUUUGAAUUAUUGGUGAAAGAAGAAUUGACUGAAGUCAGACGUGAAAAUAAACAACUUCAUAAUCUGGUGACACAAUUACAUCAACGUCAUCAUGAACAUACUCUUAAGAUAUCUGAAAUGCAAGAUAAAAUCACAGCUUCCGAGACAGAAAUAGCUGAGUUUAAAAAUAAAGUAGAUGAUUUAGAGUAUGAAUAUGAGAAGGCUGGUCAGAGAGCUGAGAAGUUAGACAGACAUCUUGCGGAUGCUCUACAGAAACUGACGUAUUAUGAAGAAACUGGUGUGACUGUUGAAGGUGUUAAAGUGGGUGCAGGAGGAAUGGUGUCAAAUAAAAAGUUAGAUGAGAUAUUUGCUGAAUUAGAAGAACAGAAAGAGUUAGCUGGUAACAGAUUAACAGAACUAGAAAAACUCAGUAAAGAUCAUCAAGAAGCAAUGAUAGAAAUAGAAAAACUUAAAUUAGAUCUUCAACACCUACCAGAGAAUAUUAUAAUAGAUACAACAGAGUAUAAAUGUAUGCAGUCUCAAUUCUCUGUACUGUAUAAUGAAUAUCUACAGAUGAAAAAUCAGCUGGAAGAAACAAAAGGCAUUGUUACAAGUAAUAAAAACGCUCAUCUUCGACAAAUAGAACAAAUGGAG